GUGAAGGUGAAACCCCAGGACACAGCUCGUCGCAAUCGUGCCUGUGUCACGUAAUCUCUCUUACCUCCGUUUUCGUUUGUUGGUGGAAUUCCUUUUGAAAAAUCCCCUUCUUUCUAUAGCGCUACGGACACGCGCGAGCGAACUUGAAAGUAUGAAAAGAUGUUGAAGCAAAGAAGCCGUGCACGCCGCGCAAAACUACUUGGAGCCCAGCACCAAGCCGAGUUCUGAAGAUAGGAGACCUUUGAAGGAGACAGGCCCAAAGAGGGGCGGCAGCCGCAACCAUGGCAGCGGAGCAAGCAUACCGCACUCACGAUGAGUAUGCGGUCACGCUCCAAAACCUGCUGGCCACCGAGUCUGCUGAAAAGGAAAUGUCCCAAGGAGAGCUUCACAGGUACUAGUAUUUCCAUGGUUUAAGAUUACCAUUGUUGUCGUCGUCAUCGAAUGUUGUUUGUAUGUUCAUCGUGGACCGGAAAAAGCACGGCCUGUAUGGGAUCGUGGAAAAAUAAAUUGGCGCUUUCAGGUGGAAGAAGACGAUUGACAGUCACCGGCGACAGCUGGUGAGCUUGAUCCAGGACGGCAUAAAUCGCAAGGGCGAAAAUGUGUGGAAAAGGCUGCAGGACGAGGUGCAGACAUUUGAGGAGGAUCUCCGGAAGCUCCAAAGCAAGGGCGCCGACGCUGACGGAGAGGGCGGUACACUUUGAUUUGAUGUACCCGCGGAAGUUCUGGAAAGGGCAAUAAGUAGAAUUGUUGCGUCGAGCUGAUGUUUGUUGUGGGUGCUUUCGGUUUAUUUAUUAAGAAGAGCGCAUCAUGAAACUCACCGCGCAACAUCAGGGUCCCCCCGGCGCACGUACGAUGUGCUACGAGCAAGUUUGAAUGAGACGCAGCGACGGUGCGAGAGCCUGAAUAGCGAUAUGAUGUCCCAACAGGAAGCGAACGGGCAGUUGGUUUCGAGUCUAAACACCUGCAAAAACAACAACAAGGAGCUGCUGCAGCAGAUUCAGCAACAAACCGCCGAAAUCACGCGGCUCACCCAAGAACGCAUCGCGGACGAGCAGAAGAUGGAUUUGAUGCAGAGGCAUCACAGACAGGAGGAAGAAACGUGGAAGCAAGACGGCUAUCGCCGGCUCCAUGUGCUGCGGGACCAGGGGGAUGAAAGGUAUAUUUAUUUUCAACAUCUUGCGGAUUCACUUCGCGAAUGUGCAAACAAAAACAUUCACACGUUGUAUUCUGAUCCGCAAUUCUUUCCCACCGUGAGGAUUUCACCAAAAAGGUUUUCUACUACCGCCACGCACUUGACAUCCAAGUUGAAGUUUGUGCAAGCCCGAGGCGCGGUUCUACAGGAGGAAACGGAGGGUCUUCGCGCACAGACGGGCGAGCAGCGCUCGCAGCUCUUGGGGAUGAAGGACAGCAUGCUGAACUCGUUUCAAGGAGUCAAUGUCCGAAUGCUGCAAGAAAUGGACGCCAAAGAGAAACAGCACCGCGCCACCAGAGAAAAGCUGAAGGACCGCAUCAAGGACCUGGAGCUCAAGCUUAUGGAGGUAUCUAGUACACCCAGUCAAUUUUUUUCCGCAUUGCUGCGCGACGGCAACACGCGCAUGAAUCUUCUAAAGCGUUUUGGUAUCUUUUUGCAUAUGAAGAUCAUGAUGUGACACGAAGCGUGCUCCUUCCCAUUAUGAAGUCGAAACGUCACCCCCAAUACCCCAACAGGAACACGAGUUCCACGGGCACGAGGUGAGUUCGUGGUCGCAUCGCUAUGUCGGCGUGCAGGCGGAGAAGGAAGAUUUGCAGGCACGCAUGGACCGGGAGCUGAGUAUGCUGACGGCGCAGAAACAGGGGUUGGACCGCAGCGUGAAGGCGGAGCUGAACCUGUACGAGACGGAGCUGGGCAAAUUGAAGAGCACGAUUCAGGACUGCCAAAAGGCGCGAUCCGACCUGGAGAAGCAACUGGACGACGCGAAAAGGGAGGUGUUUCGCUUGCAGUCGGUCUACGGCAGCAUAGAGACGGAGGUGCAGUGCAAGGACUCGGUCGUGAGCGACCUGCGGAAGCAGCUGCGCGACGCCGACGACGCGCUGUCUGCCGCCGUGGCGGGCAACGAGCACUUGCGGUGCCAGAUGGAGGAGCAGCGGCUGCGGUUCCAAGACAUGAACGAGGGCGAGGCGGCCCGGCUCCGGAACUCCUACGAGGAGAAGGUGCAGAAGCUGCAGGAACAGCAGCAAAACGAGACCCAGCUGCUCGAGUUCCAGAUCAAGAGCCUCGACGAAGUCCUCGGCGAAAAGGACCAGCAGCGGGAACGCCUCCUCAAAAUGAUGGAGCAGCUGCAGUCCGAGUGCGGCGUUUUGGAGCGGGACGUGGCCAUCUGGAAAACCACCUUCGACCAGGGGGUGCGGAACCGGCACGACCUAGAGCGCGAAUACGCACUCUGUCGCCAGGAGUGGUACUCGCAUUUUUGUUUUUGCUUGUUCGUGGAGUAAAGUAGCCCUGGUUUUGUUUAUUGUGUUGAUUUCAGCGAAGAUAACUUAUGAUCUGUGCCUUAGGUUUCAUCCGUCUUGCAGCCACAGUAGCGAUGACGAAAACUUGACGUGCGUGCUGUACCAUUUCGGCAUUAAGCUAGUGUGGUUAAUAGCAUCUAGCGAAAGAACUUAUCGAAUCAUCACAACAGGGCAAGACAGAAGCUUACGGUGAUUGAGACCACAGAGACAAACGACAGCAAGCGACAAACGCUGGAAACGGAGCUGAAAUUCCUUACCGACAGUUUUAUCGAUUACAAACGCCAGGCUGCCAGCAAGGAAACGGAACUGCAAGGUAGUUUUACUCAUCAUGUAUGCGACGUAGCUUCAUAUGCAUGCUGCGAGCGCUCCUGGGUCAUCUGAAUGACUUGGCACGUCCAAUCGGCCGAUCGGUUGAACCAAAAACCGCAAUCGUUCUCCAGGUCGCAUCAACAGUUUCGAAGACGUUCUGAAGACCACGAAGGCACACCAGGCGGAGGCGCAGGCCUCCCUCACGGACGUACUCGACGUGAUCGGCAAGACGAAGCAGGACGCCAGCCUCCAGUUGCAGAUCUCCACGGAGACCUGCUGUCAACUGGAGCGCGACCUCGAGCAGAAGAAGCUGGAGUGGGACGAGGAGCGCAAGCGCCUCGACGUUUGCCUCGAAAACGAGCGCCGGGACGCGUCGGAUAGCAGAGAAAAGUACUAACAACAUCUUCGAGACGUCUUGUUUCUACUAGUUUGUCGUUGCAAAAUUGCUCUUCUGGUGUACUGCUGAUUUAAGGCAUCCAGUCGUAUCUUCAGGACAAGCCUCGUAAGUACAACAACUACUUCAUGCUAGUAUUUUACUGACUCUCGUCUUCCACUUCUACGCACUAGCUGUAACCGUAUCGCUCCCUCAGGUACGAGAAGUGGCGGGAGCAGCACGCGGUGGCGCUGAAGCAGGUGUCAGAGGAGAGCUCGGCGAAGAUUGGCGCGCUGGAGGACGAGAAGAAGCGGCGCGAGGAGCAGUUCGCGAAGGAGGAGGGUGGGUUGCAGGCGUCCAUCCAGCAGAACCUCGGCAAGGUGGAGUCGCUGAAGCAGGAGGCCGGGCGGUUGCGACACACGGUGCAGGACGCGAACAACAAGUUCGCCCAGCUGCGCCACGAGGUGGAGCGGGAGGAGCGGGAGAUGCAGUUCCAGCACAACCAGUACUACGAGGAACUGAAAACGCUGGCCGCACAAGUCGAGGAGUCGAAGCGCAACGAGGCCACCAUCUUGAAACACUUGGAGGCCACGGCUUUGCGGAACGACCUGGAAACCAAGCGCCUCGUGAAAGAGCUUGAGGAAACCAAAGGUAGCCACAGUGAAUUGGUUUCCAGUGUGCAUUCACCUAGAGGAGGUUGAUUUAUUUGAAGUUUCAGUCGCACGGUAUAUGGAAAAUAAAGAAUGCUUUAUUUUUGAGGAUACUGUGGUCAGAAACACGCAUGAAAAUGAAAAAUAGAAAUCGGCGGCACGACGCUGGGCCAAGCGGAGCACAAGCUAAGCAAGUUCAAAGAGACUUACGCCGAGACGCUGGAGGGUACUUCGCAAAAGUACAGUCAGGAGCUGGGGAAGGAACAGCAACGCCUUGACACGCUCAGCCGCGAGAACGAACAAUUGAAGACGUUUUUGCGUGAAGACAUGGGCAUUGUUUCCUAGACUCAUAGAUUUGAGCAGCUGUCGCGAAAGCGAAGCAUUUUUUUUACCGGAAUAGAAAAGUUUAGAACAGUAGUGAGAAUAACCUUGUUAACUGAAUCGAGUAUACUGACAGAAAAAUUUAGAAUUACUUAUUUUAGCAAAACAGCGUUGACCGACGCGAAAGCCGCUAGGCGGCGAGAGAGAGAAUAAUUAGUGAGAAGGAAACACGUCGCCUCUGUACCUCCCCUGGAGGUUGGUUGCGCUUUUAUGUCUUUGGUUGUGUGCUCUCGCUUCUUUAUCAUGGUCCUAUUUUUCAUUUCGCAUAUUUCGACGCAGGAAAUCGAAAACUCGUGAGGCAUGAGGAUUUCCCAUUGAGUUUUUUCACUGACGCAAAAACAAAAAUGAACGACGCUAUUAAAUACCGACUUUGAAGAUAGCGGGGAGCAAACUGGUACUUGCAUGAUGGAACUAACGCGGCUUUGGUUUGUACAUAUGCGCAAUUGAUGAAGAUGAACACAACUACCUUUACAUGAGUGAGAAAGUGUCGAUAUUCAAGCCAGCGAGUCUGACACGCGCAGCAACGCGUCGUGAGCCACAAGGCUUCUCGCAAACCGAUGUUUUUGAGGAGAAGGAAUGAGCGAAGGGAAGUAUUUGUAUCUCCACGAAGAGAUGUAGUACAGAUGAUGAAGCAGAUUCAGUCCAAAAGAUCUCUGAUCUCGAUGGAAUGCCCGAGAACGUGAAAACAAAAAGUCAGCACCGACCAUCUGUGGAAAGUACAGCAGAACUCGGCGCU